AACAACUUGCCGGUGUUUCAACAUGUCAGGAACAGUAAUAGAAAAUUUGAGUGGAAAAAAAUUAAGUGCUCUUGUCAUUUGUUUCUUAUUAUGCCAAAUUACGUGUUUCCUUGUUGGAGGAUUUAUUGCUCCGCAACCUGCUGGGAUCGACUCAGUUUUAGCUACUAAGUGUGCAAGUGCUGGAAAUGAUAGUGAUUGGCUUUACAUUAGAGGGAAAAAUCCCUGUAGGUCUAUUGAGUCAAUGGAUGAACUUCUGCAGUAUGAACAUGAAAUAGUUUUUGUUUUCCAGAUUCCAACUCCUCGUGGAGGAAUGAUUCUAGAUUAUUCUCGAUGGCAGCAAAUGCUAAUCGGAAUCUUACAUUUGGAUGUAUACUAUCAUUCAGUAAAUGAAAAUCAAAUGGAACCUAAAACUGUUAUAACAUUAUACUCAAAACUUGGAUACAAAAACAGAAAUGAUGAUGAUGAUAAUUGGAAAUUAUAUGCAUCAUCAGUGGAACAACGAAAUUUGGAAUGUGAAAUUAGUGUGAAAAAGGAUGGUUAUCCUUAUAACUGUUCUGUUAUACCUUUAUUUGAGUUGGGUUCAUUGCAUCAUGACUUUUAUUUGUUAAACAUAAGGUUACCAGUUGAUCAUAAAAGAAAAAUUAAUGUUGGUCUUGGGCAUAUUGCUGAUAUGUGGUUAUUUAUUAUAAAUCAGACUGGUGGUUUCACUAAAGUAUGGGUUUCACUAAAAUGUUUUUUCUUUCCUAUUAUUAUUGGUGCACUAGUUUGGUUUUAUCAAAGAAUUCACAAAUUAAAGAGAAAGCCUUUACUAUUGGAAUCUAUGCUUAUUUUGGUUUCUAGCACCCUGACACUUUUAAAUAUGCCAUUGGAGAUCUUAACAUUGUAUUUUGAACUUCCUUUCAUGUUAUUCUUCACUGACAUUAGACAAGGAAUAUUUUAUGCUUCACUUCUCUCAUUUUGGUUAGUUUUCUCAGGAGAACAUCUUAUGGUAAGAAAGUCAAAAGAACCAUUUACUCCAUUAUUGGAAAUAUCUAAGCUCUGUAGUCAUUGGUUGUAUCGCACUAUUUUUUUUCGAUCUUUGUGAACGAGGAAUACAACUACGAAACCCCUUUUAUUCAAUUUGGGCUACUGAUUUUGGCUACCAUUUAGCUAUGGCCUUUUUAAUAAUAGGUGCUUUGUGUGGAACUGGAUAUUUUCUGGUAUUAUGUUUUCUGAUAUGGAAAGUCUUUUGUAAUAUGCGUACUAAAAAAGCUAGUCUUCCAGCAAUGUCUCAAGCUCGCCGUUUACAUUACAGUGGCAUUAUUUAUAGAUUUAAUUUCUUAAUGAUAACCACUUUAUUAUGUGCUGCAUUAACGAUAAUUUCUUUCAGUCUUGGACAGGUUUCUGAGGGACAGUGGAAAUGGAGCGACAAUCAUGAUUUGGAAUUCACAUCAGCAUUUUUCACUGGUGUUUAUGGGAUGUGGAAUAUUUAUAUUUUCGCACUUCUCGUUUUAUAUGCUCCUUCCCAUAAAAUAUGGCCCACACAAAGAGAUACUACUAGGAAUACCGAACUGGAAGGCAGCUGCAAUGGAUUGGGCUGGAUGGCGGAAGCUCCUAGAGGAGGCCAAGAUCCAUCCUCAGGUUUUAGCGCCAACAAAACAGAUAAAUAGAAUCUGAAUUUUCCCAAAUGAAAUUUUCCAUUGCAUUCUGAGAUAUAUGCAAAAAUCAGUGAAAUUUCCAAUCUUUUAUUUUGUUUUUCGUUCCAAACGCAACCAAGUACAUCAUCAGUCAAGUUUCAGAAGAACAAAACGCUAUGGAGGAAAUAGAAUUUUCAUGCCUAGAUCCAGAACCGAGUGAAGUCUCUGCCUUGACUACAUUCAUAAAAAAGACUGCAUUAGACUAAUUAUUAGUUUAACGAACAGUUGUACCAUUAAAUAGGGGAACUUUACACCUGAGGAGGCAACAUUACUCCUGAGCUUGAAUAAUUACUUUGAUGACAUAAACAAAAACUAAUGUAGUGACUGAUUUAGUAAUGGCCUCCCAAUGAAAAUGGAAGUUCGUACUCUAUGAAACAGAUAAGUCUGUUUUGGAAGUUGGAAACAAAGAAACGUUAUCCACCAAGACAUAAUCCUCCAUUUCACGGUAUACUUAUAAGUUUUUUAUGUUCAACAGAGUAGAAAAUAUAAUAUAUAUUUAUUAAAUCUGAUUGUAAAAAUUGUGUAUCAAACAUGUUUUAAGUUGUUAUACUAAUGUCAUAUUAUGCUGUAAUUUGUUCAAUUGAUAUUAUUAUUAAUAUUUCUAUUGUGAGAAAUACUACAUGUAUGACUAUGCAUGUUUGGUAUGUUUUAUCAGUAUUAUUUUCCAAGUUGCAUGUUUUUAUAGAGAUGUAGUGUAUCAUUUAGAUAUAUUUAAAUUUUAUUAAAUAUUAUGCUAUUUCAUGUAAUCAUUAAUAUGAGUGUUUGCUUUAUGGUAAUCUUGUAUUUCCUAUGUACCUUAUUUUAUUGUUUAAACCAAUUGUUAUAUGUUAAUGUUCUAGUAUAAGUAAAUUUUAAUACAGUUCUUAUUAUAUUAAAUAAGAAUGUAAUGUAGUACUAUAAGACUUAUUAGUUCUAUUAUGUAUUAAAAGAAGUUUGAAAGUUUUACUAAUACAAAGAUUUUGAAAGUA